AUGAAAAUAUUAUUAUUUACAGGGCCAUUCAAUUUUGAUGCAGCAAAGCAAGAAGGGGGAUUGCCAACUUUGCAUCACAAUCCCUAUAGUUGGUCUAAGGUAUCGAGCAUUAUCUAUUUGGAUUCUCCGGCUGGUGUUGGAUUCUCAUAUUCUGAUAACACAUCCUUGUACAAAACCGGAGACAUACAGACAGCAUAUGAUACUCACCUUUUUCUCCUCAAGUGGUUCGAGCAAUUUCCGGAGUUCACUGGAAAUGAGUUUUACAUUGCUGGGGAGUCAUAUGCUGGGGUUUAUGUCCCUACUCUUGCUUCUGUGGUUGACAAAGGGAUCAGAACUGGGGUAAAACCUGUUAUCAAAUUUAAGGGUUACAUGGUUGGAAAUGGGGUAUGUGAUCCUAGAUUUGAUUCUGACGAUGCUCUUGUCCCAUUCGCACAUGGGAUGGGCCUAAUCUCAGAUCAUAUGUAUAAGGCAGCAGAAGUUGCAUGCAAGGGAAACUACCACAACUACACCAACAGCGAUGAGUGUGAUUCAGCAUUAAGUAAGAUCUACAGGGCUUUAGAUGGUUUAAACCGAUAUGAUAUCCUCGAGCCUUGCUACCAUAGCCAUGCAGGAGUACAAGGAAAUAAGAGUAAUGAGUUGCCUGAAAGCUUCAAGCAAUUGGGAAUGUCAUCUGAUAAACCACUUCCGGUUAGAAAAAGAAUGUUUGGUCGGGCUUGGCCUUUUCGAGCACCGGUCAAAGGUGGACUUAUUCCUUUGUGGCCGCAAUUAAUGGAGAGCGGUGGUGUUCAAUGCACAGAUGAUACAGUAGCAACUGUAUGGCUGAAUAACAAGGAAGUUAGAAAGGCAAUUCAUGCUAAUCCGGAGAGUGGAGAAUGGGGACUAUGCUCAGAUAAUCUAAGCUAUAAUAAUGAUGCUGGAAGCAUGCUAAGCUACCACAAAAACUUGACUGCCAGUGGAUACAGGAUACUCAUAUAUAGUGGAGAUCAUGACAUGUGUAUCCCUUUUACUGGAACACAAGCGUGGACGGAGUCACUCGAAUACCAAAUAAUCGACGAAUGGAGAUCGUGGAUAUCUAAUGAUCAAAUCGCUGGAUAUAUUCAGGGAUAUGCUAAUGACUUCACAUUUCUCACCAUCAAGGGAGCGGGACAUACUGUACCUGAAUACAAGCCACGAGAGUCGUUGGACUUUUAUAGCCGGUGGCUAAAAGGCCAAAAAAUAUGAAGUGAUUGCGAAAAGGAAAAUAGCAUGGAGUUGAUGCUUAAUUUUCAACAAUUAUAUCUGACAACGAGAAACAUCUUUUCAUGAUAUCUAUAAGUCAUGAAGAAAUAAAAAUUAUUAAAAAAUCCCAAAACAAUAGUUCUUUAAAAUUUGGUAUUCAUCA